GUCGUCAUCAGGGAAGCUUCAGUGCUCUCUGUCAGAUGCUGUGCAUGAAUGUCACUGCUGAAGUGAGAGAUGUCUGCUCUUUCUUCAGAGAUGGAGGCCCACAAUUUGAACCUGUCCUGUCCCAUAUGCCUGGACUGCUUCGAAGUCCCCGUCACCAUCCCCUGCGGACACACCUUCUGUCACAAGUGCAUCAGUGCCCACUGGGACACGCUGAGCAAGUCCGACGCCGAACCUCAAUGCCCCUUGUGCCAAGAGAAGUUUCCUACCAGGCCUGUUCUCAAGCGCAACGUGUCCCUGUGUGUCCUCACCGAGGCUGCAAACAGCAGCGGCCCCUCCCACAGAGAGUCACUCACGAGGGGCGGCAAAGUGGCCAAAGCCAUGCUGCUGUGCGACCGGCAUAAAAAGCCUCUGGUUUAUUACUGCAGGCAGGACAAGAUGUCUGUGUGCUGCGAGUGCGGCAUCUCUGAGUGUAUGAACCAUGAGAAGGCUAUGCUGGAUGCAGAAAGGGAAAAUCAAGAGCUGCUGCUGGAGAGGAAGAAUAAGGAGGUGGGGAAACUCAUCGAAGAGACGGAGAAAAGUAUCAAGGACCUGGCUGAAAAUAUUGAUCAAGCUAAGGUGACUCUUCAGCAGACAUCCACCUGGGUGAAUGUCAAGUUCUCCACCUUGAUAAAAAUAUUGUCUGAGAAGCAGAACACUACGGAGGUCUUUGUCGAGGAGCAGAGACAGGCCGCCAUCUCAGACGCGGAGGCCCGGCUAGCCGAGCUCCAGGAUCGCGCCCAGAAACUCAAAGAGAGCCAAGGCCAGAUCGCAGCGCUGCACAAGCUCUCUGAUACAGAGCUCAUCAAGGAAUCAAUGCUGGUAGAAGUUCCUCAUUUUGAGGAGAUCCCUACAGACAUCCCUCCCAACCUACAGGAGCGCUUAAACGGUGUCACUGAAGUCCUGUCCCGAGUCUCCAAGAUGGUUUCUGAGGACCUGGAGAAAGCUGUGAGCACGGCCGUGGGUCAGGACAAAGAAGCUUCUCCUCAGGACAAGAGGCCCAUCCUGGCUGUGGUUCCCAGUCCAGCUGCUCCGUGUCACCCUGGAGGGAAAGAAGGACUCAGCGCUUACCGAUGCUCUCUGACCUUUGACCCCCGCACGGCCAACGGGCACCUGUUCCUCUCCCAGGAGAACCGGAGGGCGGAGCACCUGACCUCCGGCCCGCGCCCCGUCCCCGCCCACGAAGCGCGUUUCGACCACACCUGGCAGGUGCUCUGCUUCCAGGGCUUCAAACACGGACAGCACUACUGGGAGCUGGAGGUGUCCAAACCCUGGGCCUACCUCGGGGUGACCUACGAGACUAUACCCAGGAAGGAGAAGGGGAAGAGGUGCAUGGUGGGCAUGAACGAUCUUUCGUGGAGCCUGCAGCUGGACGAGAGGCAGCUGAGCGCAUGGCACAACGGGCGGAGGGAGACGGUGGCGGGACACUCCCAGCACAGCCGCAUCGGCAUGCUGCUGGACUACGAGGCGGGGACGCUCACCUACUACGGAGACGGGCAGACCAGGCUCCACGCCUUCCACUGUGCCUUCACCCAGGAGCUGUUCCCCGCCUGCUGGAUCGGAGAGGGGGUCAGCAUCACCCUCUGCUCCACAUGAGCUCCACUGUGAACAAGAAGAAGAAGAAGCACUACCAAUCAAACGUCGGCACUCGCUGACUCGACAUAGACGACACCCCCCCCCCCCUCCCUUUACCCCUCCUUAACUAUUUAGAAGGAUUUUUUUAUUAAAUAACUGACUUCUUAAUUAUUUUAAACAAAAGAACCAACUGAGACGAGAUGAAACUUUAUUGAUCCUCACACACUUGUUACUUGAUGGGCUUUUUCUCCCCCCCAAAAAAACUUGCCUCUUUGCUUCGGCUUACUUGCAUUGUUAAAUACCAUACAGCGAUGACGUUGCUAUGGAAACAGGCACAAACUCCAGUCCUUAAAACUUUUAAGUUGAAGGACAGCACUAUUUCAUUCUAGUGUGUUUCAUUUUCUCCUCCUUCAAAUAAUCUUUGAAAUAACCUUCAGUUUUAGAUAGAGGUUCUUUUUUUUCUAGUAGAAAAGGACUUUAGAUCUCCUCAGCCCAGCGUGUUGAAUUAUUUUACUUUAUUUUAAUACACUACAUUCAUUUCUGUUCAGUUCUUCUCCCUCUGCUGUAAGACACAGCUGCACACGCUGCAUGCGGGCAAACACAUCAUCAUAAAAUCAUGCUGUCAUGUCUCAAUCAAAAGAAAUGGAUUAAUAAGUGUCUGUCCAUCCUGUUCCUGCAGUAUUCUCCUGGAGCUCAAAAUCUUCAUAUUCGCCCCCUUUUUU